AUCGUCUCAUCGCUGGACGUAAAUCGUUGGAACCAUCAACUUCGGGUCGCUGGAGUCAUGGAUGAAACUGCAAGGAAUACUCUUCCAUCAUAUCAUCGUUGGCUGACUCCAAUAUUUCCUGCGCGGAACCGCCUACCGGCUGCCUUAAAUCCCCCAACUAGCCGUAUUGGGACGAAACAGUCCCGCUCUAAGAGGAGUGGGGCAGUACUGAUUCACGAGAGCUGACGUAUUCGAUCACGUGGCUAUCCGUCAUCUCGCCUGUGGCCACCCUCGCACCAACAAUCCGCUGGCUGACAACUCUCGCUCCUCCAACUCUUGUGCAACUACACACUCGUCACCCGCUCGACAUGGCGACCAACUUCCUCGCAGUGCCGAGCAAGCAGGCGCUCCCGCUGCCCGACUUCCCCAAGCACCUGCUGCAGUACAUAUCCGGCCACUUCCGCGAUGCGCACCCAGACGCCUUCCGCCGCGACGUCGACUCCCUAGUCGGCAUGCGCAAGGAGUGGGUCGAGCCCAAGGCUGAAGCACAUCCCGAAAUCGCCAAAGGUCUUAUGAAGUAUCACGCGCAGCUUGCAUUCGUCGCCACCAAAUUCCCCUCUGAUAUCGGCGUGGCGUUCGCGUAUCACCUCCCGUUCCCCCCGCCGUACAGCAUCACCCCGGACGCACCAAUCAGCCUCAACUCGUUCACUUACGAGCGCGCGAGCGUGCUCUACAACACGGCGGCGAUCUAUGCCUCUCUUGCUGCUGCAGAGCGUCGCGCUGAGGCUGAGGGCAUUAAGCGUGCACUCAACUAUCUCUCUUCCUCCGCGGGCAUCUUCAACUACCUCAUCACCAAUGUGCUGCCCACCCUCAAGGGCGAAAUGACAUCCGCUCAGGCCGCAGGGUACGACAUGAGCGAGUCGUUCCUCACGAGCAUGCGAGAGUUCGUGCUCGCGCAAGCGCAAGAGUGCUUCUGGCAGCAGGCUGUCCUACAGGGCAAAUACAAGAACGCGCUCAUCGCCAAGCUGUCGAUGAAGGUCUCCGAGUACUACCGGUCGUCGCUCAAGGCUGCCAACGGCAUGGACUUUCCCUCCGCGUCCUUUUUCCCACCAAAUUGGACCAACCAUGUCCUUGUCAAAGCCAACCACUUCGAAGCUGCCGCACAUUACCGACUCAGCCAGGACGACCACGAGAAGGGCAAGUACGGCGAGGAGAUUGCGCGUCUGCGAGUCGCCGAGGGGUUGGCGAAGAAGGGACUGGAAGCAGGCCGCAAGGGUGUCAACGAAGCUGUCGUGGGCGACCUCCGCAGCCUCUCCGGCGCCGUCAAGUCGACGCUGGACCGGGCCGUGCGCGACAACGACCUCGUGUAUGUCGAUCCUGUACCGGCUGCUUCGCAGCUUGCGCCCAUCGCCGGCGUUGGUAUGGUCAAGCUGCAGACGCCUACGGAGAUUUCCGAGCCCAUUGCGUGGCUCAUGAACGGCGGUAGUGGACAGCCACCACUCUUCAGCCAGCUCGUCCCGUACGGAGUGCACUUGGCGCUGAGCAUCUACGACGACCGGAAGGACACGCUGUUGCGCGAAAUGGACGGCAGGCGCGAGGAGUUGGACGGUGUGGCUGCGAGCACACUGCAGUCCCUCAACUUGCCUGGAUCGCUGCAGGCUUUAGAGCGCCCAGUCGGUCUGCCGCCUAGCUUGAUAAAAAAGGCCGAGGAGGUCGACGCGGCGGGUGGCGCGGACAAGAUUCGCUCGCUUCUGAUGGACGUCAACCGCCUGUCGAAGAGCAACGCCAAGGUGCUCGAGGAUGCAAUGGACAUUUUGGAUCAGGAAGCGACGGAGAACGAGCAGUUGCUCGAGCGACAGCCCCACCUCGCAGAAUCGCGGCUUCCGUCACAUGUUGCCAACUCCAAUCUGAUCGCCAUGGCAGGGCAGUACGACGCGACGCUUAAGCAGGCCGCCGCGAGUGACGCGACAGUGCGCGCUAAAUGGGAGGAGUGGCGGCAGUUGAUCGAGAUCCUCAGCGCCGGCGAGGACAUCAUCAACGACCACGUCCCUUCCACGACGGGGUCUUACGCCGCGCUACCGUCCAGUGUGCGCCCGCUGCGCGCGUCCCUUGAGGAGCUGGACGACCGGAUCGCGCACCGCGCCGCCUUGGUCACCGAAGCGCGCGCGAUCGCUGCACACGAUGACGUGCGCCCCGAGGUGCUGCAGGAGGCUUCGCGCCUCGCGCACGGCGGCAGUGGCGACGUCAAGCCCGAGUGGUUCGAGCCGCUCUUCGACAAAGCGGCGGCGAAGUACGACCGCCUGCGCGACGAGAUGGACGCCGAGGCGGGCGGGCAGGACGGGCUGCUCGAGCAGAUCCGCAAGCAGAACGAGGUGUUCCUCGCCGAGCGCAAGGAGGAUCCGCGCGUCAAGGAGCGCGAACGCAGACUGCAGGACAUGGAUAUGGCGUACUGGAAGUGGCGUGAGAUUGUCGACAACGCCGACGAGGGCAUCAAGUUCUACAACCAGCUCGCUAAUCACUUGCAGCAGUUCAAGAAUGCGUGCUCCCAGUUCCUCGACGCGCGCCGCGUCGACGUGGGGCAGGUGACGAAUCAGCUCGCGCACGUCAGCUUUGCCGACCAGCCGCAGACGCAGCAGCCUCAGCACCAGCAGCUCCAACAUCAGCCCCAACACCAACACCAGCACCAGCCCUCGCCGCCGCCACCACACGGCUUCGGGGCACCCGGGACACCGGGGACGCCGCCCGCUGCGCCACCGCACGCAUCGUACGGCUCGCUCCCACCACGCACGUCAUCCGCCACCUCGCCGCCCCUCACGUCGCCUCCACAGACGUUCUCCCCGCCCGCGAUGCGGUCACCCCCACCGCCUACCGCCGCGCCAUUCCUCGCCCAUCCCUCCUCGUCGCAGUGGCAGAGCGGCGCUGACUUCCUUCCCCCGCCCCCGCCCCAGCCCGUCAUCCGCAGCGGCGGUGUGCCUUCACGCGCAGCGCCUGCACCCCCGGCGGUCGACUCGCCUCGGCGCGUCACCCGCAGCCAGGCGCGGCAGGGCCCGAUCGGGGAUCCAGACCACAACCCGUACAAGAAGGAGGGCAAGCGGCGAGGCGAGGGUGUCAUCUAGUGUGCUGCAACCAGUCGCCCAUCAUCCGUAGAAAGGUCAUAGA